CUUAAGAUGGCGGCUGCGGCGGGUUUGGAGUUUCAGCGCGCCCAAUCUUUGCUAAGCACUGAUCGCGAGGCCUCAAUCGGCAUUUUGCACUCCAUAGUGAAACGUGAUGUUCAAGAGAAUGAUGAAGAAGCAGUCCAAGUCAAAGAACAGAGCAUUCUGGAACUUGGGAGUCUUUUGGCCAAGACAGGACAGGCAGAAGAGCUUGGAGGACUUCUGAAGUAUGUUCGUCCUUUCUUGAACUCCAUUAGCAAGGCAAAGGCAGCCCGUCUGGUUCGGUCCCUGCUAGACCUAUUCCUAGACAUGGAAGCUGCAACAGGACAAGAGGUUGACCUUUGUCUUGAAUGCAUUGAAUGGGCCAAAUUGGAAAAGAGGACGUUCCUACGCCAAGCUCUGGAGGCAAGGCUGGUUUCUUUGUAUUUUGACACAAAAAGGUAUCAAGAAGCAUUGCAGUUGGGAUCACAGCUUUUGCGGGAGUUGAAGAAGAUGGAUGACAAGGCUUUGUUGGUAGAAGUACAGUUACUAGAGAGCAAGACCUACCAUGCCUUGAGCAACCUGCCAAAGGCCAGAGCAGCAUUAACCUCUGCCCGUACAACAGCCAAUGCAAUCUAUUGUCCACCCAAGUUGCAGGCAGCAUUGGAUAAGCAAUCGGGUAUUAUCCAUGCAGCAGAAGAAAAGGACUGGAAGACAGCAUAUUCUUAUUUUUAUGAGGCAUUUGAAGGUUAUGAUUCUAUUGACAGCCCCAAAGCCAUCACUUCAUUGAAGUAUAUGCUGCUAUGCAAGAUCAUGUUAAACUUACCUGAAGAUGUGCAGGCAUUGGUGAGUGGGAAGCUUGCACUGCGGUAUGCAGGCAGACAGACAGAAGCACUGAAGUGUGUAGCUCAAGCCAGUAAGAAUCGAUCAUUGGAUGAUUUCAAAGAGGCUCUGAAAGAUUAUAAAGUGGAACUCAGGGAUGACCCCAUCAUCAAUACACAUUUGGGAAAACUGUACGAUAACUUAUUGGAACAAAACCUCAUCCGUGUUAUUGAGCCUUUCUCCAGAGUGCAGAUUGACCACAUAUCUAGCCUUAUCAAGUUAUCAAAGGCAGAUGUGGAAAGAAAGCUCUCUCAAAUGAUCCUGGACAAAAAAUUCCAUGGGAUUCUUGACCAAGGUGAAGGUGUCUUGAUUAUUUUUGAUGAACCACCUGUAGACAAAACAUACGAAGCCGCUCUGGAGACCAUUCAGAAUAUGAGUAAAGUAGUGGAUUCAUUAUACAACAAAGCUAAGAAGCUCACAUAGAGUUGAAAACUGUUGGCUGUUUGGAGCAUUGGUGUGUGAAAUGGGGGAGGGGGGAACAAAAGGUUUAGAAGACUGGUAGAGGGGGUUGUUCCCCACCCUCCUUUUACUCCUCACUCAAAAAGUUUAAAACAGCCUUCCCCAACCUGGUGAUCUCCAGAUGUGUUGGAACUACAGGUCUUUGAAUUCCAAUCAACAUGGCUAGGAAUUCUAAGACUUGUAGUCCCAAUACAUCUGGAGGCCACCAGGACACGGAAGGCUGUUUUAAGACUUUCUCAUCUGAUCCAUCUUGUCUAUACAAUUGUGUGUUCCAGUUUCCAUGUAACCUUUUACCUGUUGAAUUUUGUACUGGGAUGAGGAAAUGUUUAAAAAAGGGGGAAAAUUGUGGGGGGGGGGGAGCAGUGGCAUCAUCCUAAAUAAAAGGACUGAGAUUAUGCUACCUUUAAAAAUGAACAACAAAAUUGCAUUUCAUUUUCUUGAAGGUAGCAAAGGGGUGGGCCAAGAUGUCUUUGUUAGUCACAAGAACCCAGCCACACAAAUUUCCUGCAUAGAAGGUAUUUCUUAUGUGCAUUGUGUCCAACAUGAUUGUUCACAGGUGUACAUGCAUUGGGUAAUCAAGAUUGAUUACUGUUUCUCAGUAUAUGCCCAGGUAGCAAAUAUGUCAGGAUUCUGGUAGUUACUCCAAUUAAAUCAUGAGCCUCGAGCCACACUCCCAAAACUAAAAAGGAUUUAUUUGA